AUGGCUAGGGCGUCCCCCGUAGGCGACGCGCGAGGACAUCGCCGUACACUCUAUGACAGCGAGGAGCCACGAACUGGUGGACCUGAUGGAGAGGAGAAAGGUAAGAAUCAUGUGCUUGCAGGAGACAAAGUGGAGGGGAGUAAGGCCAAAGAACUUGGAAACGGAUUUAAACUGUUCUACAUAGGAGACGAUGGAAGAAAGAACGGAGUUGGAAUUGUUUUGGAUGAGGAACUCAAGAAGGGGGUACUAGAAGUGACAAGAUCUUCAGACCGAAUCAUCUGGCUUAAGAUGGAGAAGUGGAAGCACUCAGUCACAAUAGAUUACAUCCUCUGCCGCUCAUAUGACAAGAAUACGAAAGACUGUAAAGUAAUUCUUGGGGAAACCAUCACAAACCAACACCGACCAGUCAUUUGCACACUUAAAGUUGUGAAGUCAAAACCCCAGACGAAGUCAAGAACCCAGAAAAUCAAGUGGUGGAAGCUAAAAGAAGCGCAGAGCAGAGAUGAUUUUACAGAUAAGGUUAGAGAGACCCUAGAAAGACGUAGACAGGAAGAGAGGUGUGACUGGGAAACAAUCGCAGAAGACAUGCGGGAUCUGGAGAGAAAGUCUGUGGCAAAACCUCCGGAAUGGCAAAGGCUGGAAAGGAGACGUGGUGGUGGUGUGAUGAAGUCCAGAGAAGAAUUAGUGAGAAGAAGGAAGCAAAGAAGAAACUCUUUGAAGAUCCAUCUGAAGAGAACAAACCUUACUAACAAAACAACAAAGAAGGAAGCUAAAAGAGCUGUGGCAACCGUAAAGGCAAGAGCAUAUAACCAACUCUACGAAGACCUUGAUACAACAGAAGGUACGAAAAAGCUCAUGAAUGAAGAAAAUCCUAGGGAAGCACGUGAGGAGGAACAGUUGGGGAAUCCUGGUGAGGUGGAAGCCAUCACUGACGAUGAGGUGAAAGAGCGCUAA